AUGAUCCAACAGCCUGUACGUCGUGCUCCUGAGUCGGUAGCGCAUGCUAUUUUCUUCGAUCAGAGCCAUGAUAAUCCAUGCCCUAUUGAGCGACGUUCGGUGUACGAUAUGCUGCCCACAGCCGCUAUGAUAUCUAUGGCAUCGUGUGCUGCCGGCUCGGUGAGGGGAUAUGAUGAGCUUGUCAGGAAUAAGAUCCACGUCGUCCAAGAAAAGCGUCCCUAUGCUAAAUGGGGCAGUGAGACGAAUUCUAACAGUGGAAUAGUUGAAGCUCGGCGUAUUCUCAACGAAUUACAUCUCUCAUUGGCCAAGGCGAACUAUACACAGGUUUUUGUUGACCAAAUGAGUCCAGACGUUGUUGGAAUUACGAGGCAUAACCCAAUUACGCACGAUACUGUGGUUGUGGUGUCUCAUACGGCUUUCAAUAAACAUCAAAUCAACAAAGAUCGUGUCUACCUGAAACACAUCCCAAUCGGAGAAAAUCCCGACGUUUUAACGGGACUCACUAACUACAAGGUCCACAUUCGUCAACAUAUCUCACCAGAUAAAGCCAAUAUGUGUGUCGUCCAUGGAACUGUGAAUGGUCACAUCGAACUCACAAACUUCCCGAGUGGCUCGGUCAUUGGUUUCAAAAUUCGACUCUCGGACAAGGCGCGCACGUCCAUUGGCACGCUUAGAGCGGUCAUUGCGGGAAAUGCUGAACUCGAAAAAGAGUUGGCAUUUGUGCUGGAUUCCAUAACCCUACAGGACUUCCAUCAUUUGUUCUUCACAACCGAUGCAGAAGAAAAAGUAUCAAUUGGCCAUGGCGCAUAUAACAUCCCAAACUUUGGCCAAUUAGUUUACUGUGGCCUGCACGGUCUAAUUCCCCUAUUGAAUCGAAUUCGUGAAAAUAAUGACCUUGGUCACCCGUUGUGCGCCAAUCUUCGCGAUGGUACUUGGUUGUGUGAGUACAUCUCUUUCCGCUUGGAGAAGUAUCCAGAAUUGAUAUAUGUUUCACAGUUCUUCAACUGUAUUCUAGCAUUUUUGAAUAAUGUCCCUUACUAUCUUCGCCCAUGCUAUUUUGAAGCGGUUAUUUCCUAUUUAUUCAAGCAGUGCAGAUUGUCACUUCUGAACAGGCUGGCGCGUCCCAUAUCCACUUCGUCGUCUCUGGUCAAAGCUCUGGCCGUUUCAUCGGUAUCGUUUGUGGGUUACGUGCCGGAUGCGGAUCUGGCACCUUUACCAGCUUCUCUGAGAUUGGAAGAUAAACAUCCUUCAUCACUUGCAGCUGGUCUCCCACACUUCGCCGUGGAUAUCUGGCGUAACUGGGGACGUGAUACUUUCAUCGCUUUACCUGGCUGUUUACUUGCAACAGGGCGAUAUUAUGAUGCCAAGAACAUAAUACUCUCAUAUGCUGGCGCUUUGCGGCACGGUCUGAUUCCAAAUCUACUAGCAGAAGGCAAAGGUGCGAGAUAUAAUUGCCGUGAUGCGGUCUGGUUCUUCUUGUAUUCCAUUGAACGGUACGUAAAGGAAGCUCCAAGCGGUCAACAGAUCCUUCACAGUCCAGUCAGGCGAAUUUAUCCCUCGGACGAUACGAUCUUCGGAGAGGAUGAGAAAGUUGGUUUUUUUGUAUGA